AGGCAGAAAAAUCAGUGACUGUUUUGCUUUCUUGGCAGAUUGUGGAGAGGGGCCUGGAAAAGUCAGUGGUGUUUGAGGAUGACCUGCGCUUUGAGAUCUUCUUCAAACGGCGUUUGAUGAAUCUCUUGUAUGACCUAGAGGAGGAGGGCCUGGACUGGGAUUUGAUCUACAUUGGCCGGAAGCGCAUGCAGGUGGAACAUCCUGAGAAAGCUGUACCCCAUAUCCGCAACCUGGUGGAAGCUGAUUACUCGUAUUGGACCUUGGCCUAUGUCAUCUCCCUGCAGGGUGCCCAGAAGCUAUUGGAUGCCAAACCCCUCUCCAAGAUUCUCCCCGUGGAUGAGUUCCUGCCUGUCAUGUUUGACAAACAUCCUGUUACUGAGUAUAUGGAGCAUUUUGAAAAUCGAAACUUGCUGGCUUUCUCAGUGGAACCGCUGUUGGUCUACCCCACACACUACACAGGUGAUGAUGGAUAUAUCAGUGACACAGAGACCUCUGUGGUGUGGAACAAUGAGAAGAUCAAGACAGACUGGGACCGAGCCAAAUCCCAGAAGAUGAAGGAACAGCAGGAACUGAGUAACAAGGCCAAGAACUCUGAUGUGCUCCAGUCCCCUCUUGACAGCACAGCCCGUGAUGAGCUAUGACACCACUGGGGCACAGGUGGAGGGACUGUGGGAGAGGCAUGGUGUGAGAAAAGGGAGUUUCUCUUCCCAAGGGCUUAUGAGAUUGAACCUCUUGGGUGAUAGCUGUUGCAGGACUCCAGCAUAUCCUAUGUCUUCAAUCAUAACUUUGGACGUCAUGUAAUGGGUAAACCUGAAUGCUGAAGGCAUGCCAAGACCUGUUUGAGGGCAAGGGGGCAGCUCGAUGCAGUUUGCUCAGUUCUACCACAACCCCUCCCCCAAAUGUCUACUUCCUUCUUUUGUUUGAAAAGCAGUGCGGGUACAAUCUUAAUAUAUCCAUUUGUGGAAGAGGAGUUUUAUUCUCUGAAUAAUCAUUACCCUGCUAAGGGUGAGAGAGGGGCUGAGAUGUAGUCCAGACCAACAGGUUUGGCAUCCUGAUGCCCGGUGUCAGACUAAACUAACUCUUUUGGUGUAAGUUUGAGACCUGUGAUUAUUUUUAUAUAAAACUUUGACAGUGACAAUUUCA